AGCUGAGCCAGGAGGGGAGGAGGGAGCAGGACUUCAGAGACAGUUUGUGUGGAAGGGACGAACGCCCCCUCUUUAUCUGUGCCUGCCCCACGCCCGUCAUGUGACCAGAAUAUGAGCAGUCACGUGAGGAGAUGAUGAGGAUGGUGAUGUGCCCCCACCAUGUCCCCGCUGCUGCCAGGCCGUGCUGCGGAAACGCUCCCGGUGUUGUUCUAUAAACCGGAUACCCACAGAGGCAGGUGAUGUACCAGGAUCCGGUCGGGAUCCCAGCAGUCGAAAUACCAACGUUGGAAUCCCAACACAGCUUGGAAUGCCGGCAUCCUGACUGGGAUCACAAUCCCUGCAAAGGCAUCCUGACACCCGGGAUCCUGAACGAAACACUUCCAGGCCACCGGCUAGGUUUAGGCUGUGGGGAGGGGGGUGGAUGUAGGUUUUGGCACCCCCGUGAAGGGUUAGGUUUAAGCACCCCCGGGAAAGGGUUAGAGUUAGGCUGUGGGGGGGGCAGGGGUUAGGGUUAGGCACCACUGGGGAGGAUUAGAGUUAGGCAGCGGGAUUCUCAAUGACGAGAUCCAGCGGUCGGUAUUCUGACCGCCGGCAUCCUGUUCGCCGGCAUUUCAAUCCCAACCUGACAGGAUUGUACACAGAUCAUUCUCACCCUUACAAUUUAUACCCCUGUAUCAUAUAGAUUUAUUAGUGAAUAGUAACUUCUUCAGCACAAGAUACCCCAGAUCAUUUUUAAGAGGCUAUAGAGAAAACAUGGGGGUCAUUCCGAGUUGAUCGCUCCCUAGCUGUUUUUAGCAGCCAUGCAAACGCUAAGCCAACUCCCACUGGGAGUGUAUGUUAGCUUAGCAGAAGUGCGAACGAAAAGAUCGCACAGCGGCUACUUAAUAAUUUUGUGCAGUUUCAGAGUAGCUUCAGACCUACUCAGCGCUUGCGAUGACUUCAGACUGUUCAGUUCCUGUUUUGACGUCACGAACACGCCCUGCGUUCGCCCAGCCACACCUGCGUUUUUUUCUGGCUCGCCUGCGUUUAUUCGAACACUCCCAGAAAAGCCCACUUCAUGUCAAUCACUCUGCGGCCAGCAGUGCGACUGAAAAGCUUAGCUAGACAUUGUGAUAAACUACAUCGUUCGUUGUGAAAGUACGUUGAGCGUGCGCAUUGCUCCGCAUGCGCAGAAGUGCCGUUUUUUUUUUGCUUCAUCGCUGCGCAUCGACCAUUUUCAGCUAGCAGUCAACUCGGAAUGACCCCCAUGGUCUGGUCUGAAAAACACAUCCUGAGAUUUCACACACAUUGCUGGAGGCAGAUGUAUUAUACAGAUGAGUCCACAUUUAUCUUGACCUUUAAUAGGAUUAACUGAGAAUGGCCAGUCUGACUUAAUCCCCUGCUGUAAGGAUUUAGGUGGUCAUUCCGAGUUGUUCGCUCGGUAAUUUUUUUCGCAUCGCAGCGAAUUUCCGCUUAGUGCGCAUGCGCAAUGUCCGCAGUGCGACUGCGCCAAGUAAAUUUGCUAUGCAGUUAGGAAUUUUACUCACGACUUUUUCAUCGUUCUGGUGAUCGUAGUGUGAUUGACAGGAAGUGGGUGUUACUGGGCGGAAACAGGCCGUUUUAUGGGAGUGUGUGAAAAAACGCAGCCGUUUCUGGGAAAAACGCGGGAGUGGCUGGAGAAACGGAGGAGUGUCUGGGCGAACGCUGGGUGUGUUUGUGACGUCAAACCAGGAACGACAAGCACUGAACUGAUCGCAGAUGCCGAGUAAGUCUGGAGCUACUCAGAAACUGCUAAGAGAGGUGUAUUCGCAAUAUUGCGAAUACGUCGUUCGCAAUUUUAAGAAGCUAAGAUUCACUCCCAGUAGGCGGCGGCUUAGCGUGAGUAAAUCUGCUAAAAGCAGCUUGCGAGCGAACAACUCGGAAUGAGGGCCUUAAUCCCCUGCUGUAUUGUUCGCUGUAUUGUAUUGCAGCUGAGAACAAUAGAUGAAGGGUUUAUGCUAAUAAAUCAUGUUGUGACUAGACACAGUAAACUAGUCAAGAUAACGGUGGACCCAUCUAUACAUUCAGCCUUUGUACAAUGGUCAUACUCGCUAUCCUAAUUUAUAAAGAUAAAGAACAUGAAAAUAUUCAGUAAAUCUACAUAAGGCUUGACGUAAUUUGGGCUGGUUUAGCCUUGCCACAGUUCUUAACCCAAUACAGUCAAGAUCUACUAAAUAUUUUGGAACCCUAAUAUACAAUAUGCCAAACUGCAUAAUCAAGGAUUGCAAAUAUUACUCUGGAAGAAAACUGAAUGAAUCUGAUGAUGUGACACUCCAUGUUUUCCCCAAAAAUUUGGAAACCAUUAAGAAAUGGUUGCAAAGCAUCCAAAAGUCUGGCCAAGACUUCGGCGACAUAGAUGAAUUUGCACAGCGUGUCUACGAUGGCAAGAAAAGUGACCUUUUCCGAAUAUGUUCACAACACUUUGAAGAAAACUGUUAUACAUUUCAAGUUAUCCGAAAAAAAUUCAUGAAAAAAGAAGCUGUCCCUACAAUAUUUAAAAAGGAGCAAAAAAAGAAACCAAAGCCUCCACCAGAACCGGAGCCACCGGUUAAGAAGGUACGACGAGACCCAUCACCAAUAAAAGAGCUGGAUCCAGCUGAAAUUGAGAGCGGAGUGUAUCCGCUAUAUAUGUAUCAGUCUGUGAUUGGCGAACCCCAUUCAGCUAUGCUUCACACAACACCACUUUGUGAAAAUCAUGAGUCCAACAUCAACACUAGUGGAUUAUACGUAGAAGAUUCAAGUCCAUCUACAUCACAUUCAAGUGCAACAGUGCCAAAAAUUGUCAGCUGUAUGUUACCGCAGGAAUCUACACCAGACAUUGUGCCACAGGUGGCCAUGGGAAAUAUGGUGCCCCCUACUCCAAUAUUUCAUACUUUUCCAUCCUUUGCCGAUGUUGGUGUCAACACGGAAAAUUUUAUAAAGAAAGAUGCCUCUACUGACACUCUUGAAUUUAAGGAUAUAGCAAAUGCCAAACAUACAGACUCAACAUACAUGAGAGAAGACAAAUCAGUCCAGGUCCCAGAAACGUAAUGUUUGUCAUUAGUUACUAGAUCUGUGAACAUUCCAAGGCUGUACUUUUGUACCAAUGCUCCCAACAUCUACAGCAGUAUUAUAACCUGAACCCUACAUUAGACCAGAAAACUUGUAGGAAUGAUUACCAUCCCAGUUUUAAAAUAAACCUGGAUUAUUAUCAGGAAA